AGUAUCGACUUAUGUUAUUCAGACAUUGAAACAAACAAGACGAGAUGUUAUGAGGUUGAACUGCAACAACGAAGUCUUCAGUUACAAAUGCGGCGUACUGCAGAUAGAACAAGGAGAAGUUCUGAUGUGAACCAAGAAACAGGUCCUGCCGGUGCUUCAAUAUCUACUUCCCAAACUGAGAAAGCAAUGGCGGGCACUCACGCUGGUGACUUGAACCUUCAUAGAAGUCCACAACUCACGCAGCACUUUCAAACAGAACCUGAAAUGUGGAAGUGGUUUAUCACCAUGUACUGUUUUUUUUAAUACUACAAUACUACUCUGUAAAUGGAAAAUGUACUGAAAAUCAACUUUUUCCAGCCAUGGAGGGUGGUCUGCCACCUCCUAUAACACUUCAGAGAACCCCUGCACUAUUCGAACAGAAUCAAGAACGAGCACAUACACAAAAUGUGAUACCGACGGAGAGUGAUCAGGUCCCAGUUUUGAAGCCCACAACUCAAGUUUAUAGGGAGACAAAUCCAACUGUUGAAUCUAUAUUUUCAACUCUAAGUUCCACUUUUUCUCAGACUACAGUAAACAUAAUUCGAAUCCAGAAUGGUCGCAUAGAUUUCUUGGUUGGACCUAUUCGUGUCGUUCAUGGAACUGGGAAACAAAUGGCAACACAAAUAACAACUAACACGGAGACCACCAAGGAAUUAAAUAUAGAUUUUUGUGGAGGAGAUUUCUCAGAAAGGCACCUUCUCAUGAUUUCUGCAACACCUCCGCCAUGAAAGAAGCACCAGAUUGCAAUCCUACAAGGAGAGUCGAAAGAGACAACAACUCAACAUCAAAAGGGGAAAUUAUGAUAUAAUUAAUUUACCUAUUCUGAUGUUGUGUUGAUGUUAUAUUUUUAAGGAGAAAUCACUUCAAAUCGAGUUGAGGCAGGAAUUGGAUUAAGGUUACAAGGUAUAAUGUAUUGAACCAAGACUGGAUGGUAAUGGAAUUUACACAGGCUCAAGGAGUUCACAUGAG